AUGACGCUGCAGGAGUUUUCGGACCCAAAACAACGAGUCUUUGCGCGUGCUUCCAUCCAGCGCAGCUCCGCUCAAAUAAUGCCGUUCGGCUCGCUGGUGGCUGCGGUGCUGGUGAGCACGCUAGCUUUCGGAUCUCCGGUCCCGGCUUGGAACUCAUCCACGGACCGCCUCUUGCUCUACACCCUUGGCAAGACCGGAAGCUCCUCCCUCGAGAUUGCGUUAGGCCCACUGGUCGGUCGUGGUAGUCAUCCUCGCAUUGAGUACCUGGAAAGUCUUACUCCGGACGGGGAAUUCGUGAACUACUACUGGAGCGAAGGCAGUUCCACCUCGGCCGUGUACAAAGUCGUCCCUCGGGCCUGCAAGACGCACUCUCAAGCUGUGGCCCAGAGAUUUGUGGAGGUGGGGCUGCCGGGCGAGAAUCUCUGGUUGCUCAUAUUGGUGCGCGACCCGUUUGCCCGAGUAAUAUCUGCGUUCUUCCAGAACCUAGAACGGUUCGGCUUUGGGCGCAACUCGACGGUGGCCCAGCUCACGGCGUGGUUGCGGAUAAGGGAGAAGCGAUCUACGUCGCGGAGCAUUAUCGACACAUUGCCUCAGGUGCUCGGAGAGGGCAUUGAGUGGCUCCCUCUGUUCAACCAUUCGUCGCACGACUUAUGGGCCGUGCGCGGACGCCUCAGGGUGCUCUUCCUUCGCAUGGAGGAUUCGCUGCACUGGCCUUCUAUCAUCCUACGGCGACUGGGCAUGUUGGUGCAGCUGCCGACAGCAAACUCGGGCGAGGACAAGUGGUACAGCAAGCUGUACGGGGCCUUCAAGUCCUCAUACGUGUAUGGGAACGACACGGUCGACGCUACGCUGUCGGCGGCUGCUUGGUCGGGCAGGGAUGUUUCCAGAAACAUCCCUACCCGACCAGAAUGCAACAUUUUUCGAGUCGAGCUUACCGGGCUGAAUAAACCCGGGGACUGCGUGCACGAUGCGCUCCAGAAAGAGGGCUGCACGCUCGUCAUCGGCGGGAUCACUUACGACGCUGCUGCUGACGACAUCCAGGUUGCUGCCAAUUACAGCUUCCUUCCCGUCAAAAUAAGCCUGACCAAGCUGCCGCCAAUUCCCUUGAUGGUCGGCGCGGGAAGAGCCGCGCGAUGA